GUUUUUAUUUGUGACGGCCGGCCCGCUUUGCAACGUCUCGCAAAUUUCAAAAAGUGACGGCUCCUCGGUCACUUUUUCUCUCCGUUCCAAAAAAAACUACAGCCACCAUGAUGAUGAAGAUACCGCUGAUAUUACUAAAGACUUGUUCCUUUCUGGCGCUGACGACCAUUGUAUCGGCAGUGAACAGCAAUGGAUGCAUUUCAUCACUCAACACAAUCUACGAGGCUGAGAGAAAGGUCCAAGAUGACAGCGUCCUCCGGAAAUACAUUCUUUGCAACGACACGGAAUUUCAUGUGGCACUAAACUUUGCUUCGGAUGGAUCUCCCCUCGAUGGACAGUAUCCCAUACCCAUUGCCCGACCAAAUGUUCAGGUUCUUUGUGGAGAAAAUGGCAGCAGCGAUAAUAACUGCCAGAUUGUCCGAGGUUUGGUACAUGUUGGGAUUGUGGAUGAAUUUGGUGAUGGCACUCGAGCCGACAACAUCCUGCUGCAAGGAUUAACCUUCUUCCGAGCAACUUCCGUCAAUGUCAUUGCCAUGAUUGGAGGGGAUAUCACUAUUCGUGAUUGUGUAUUCAAGAGAAACCGAAAUGUUGCAUCUGUCUACGCGGUUGCACCAAGCAGCAACACUAGAAAGCUUCUUUCGUCUGAAAAUUCCAAUCUAGUAGACUACCUGGAACAUGACAGGAGGGGUGGUUUCAAGAGGGCAUUGCAAAGGAAUGCCACCAAAACACAGCUUCAUGUUACCAUCACGGACUGUGUCUUCUCGGAUAAUGUCCUUGGAGCCAGUCCUGGUGCCGAUACCACAGCCAUUGUAUACAGUGUCGGAGCUUCUAUCGAUAUGAGCAAGUCUGUCAUUGUGGGAACCACCAAGGACUUGCUGCAACAGCCAGAAGAUGCUCUUGGACACCUUAUCUAUGUCGAAUCUGCCCCUGUAGUUCUACGCGACAAUUGCUUCAUCGGAAACCAGGAUGAUAUUGCUCCUGUAGUGGCCACGUCCGCCACGGUGGACGCUGACAAUAACUUCAACCAACGAACUUCCAGCACACUUUCCAGUACCAAUUGCGAAUUCAUUGCACACAACACCACGCUGUCAGCCAGUGGUGCUGGAUUUGUCUGCGAGCCUUCCGAUGCACAAGUCUGUGCCACCAAAUCAUCCAGCACCUACAGAGUCCCUUGUGUGGGAUACCUCGACGACAUUUACUUCUCCGAAUUCGAUGUCAUUGAUAGCAGUCUCCCAAGGACCUAUCUGCUCUGUUCCGACACGGUUUUCAGAGUCGGAAGUAGACAUGAAGUGGACGGCACGCCCAUUGGUGGAUCAUAUCCCAUUGUUCUAGGUCGUUCCAAUGUACGGGUCCUUUGUGGUGUUGACGGAAAAGUGGAAAAUGGUUGUUCGGUGGUCAAUGGUGUGGUGCAAGUGGCACAUUUUGACGAAUUCCAAACCGGCGGAUUGCCCAUCUUCAAGAGUUUGGUGUCAGGGGUCACAUUUUCGGGGGCCAGUGCUAUCAACGCUCUUGUGAGUGGUGCAGGAGAUGUGACCUUCCGAGAUUGCAUCUUCAAGGACAACUCGAAUGUGGGCAAUGUCUACGUGCAAGUGCUACCGCCAUCGAUAUCCGGAAGACGAAGCUUGCGAUCUGCCAUUCAAAGCGUGACAAUGGCAUCUGAUGACAACCGAAGGCUUUCAAGGACAGAGUCGGUAGAUCCUGAUACUCUGGUAGCUAGGUUUGACGGUUGUGUCUUCGUGAACAACACUAUUGGAACUUCAACCAAUCCCAUUUCCGGUCUUAUUACCAACAAGGAAGCCACUUUGGAGAUGUCGAACACCAUGAUCAUCGACACUGUCAACCAUGCCUCACAUGAUUACAUGGGCUACUACGAGGUGGGUUAUCUGGUAGGAAAUUUUAACGGGGACGUGAAUCUGGACAACAAUUGCUUCUACGACAAUCACGUCACCAUUGCCCCAGUUAUCAAUCAAGGGAGGCUAUUGGCCGUUUCCAAUUCUGGUCGUCAACAAAUGGCGUCUCCCAACAACAACACUCGGCCGCAGGCGCUAGCUGGAAAGCUGUCGAGAUCGGGCAAUGCAGACGAACACUUGCUGGUCACAUCCGAGCAAAACGUAACUUCAAACGCGACUUUGCCAGCGCGACCUCCAGGCUGGGGAAUCCCGAUAGACCACGAAAAUGCUCGAUGCGCGUUCAUUGCGACUAUUCACGGUGACGAGUAUGCACUGGGAUCAGUGAAUCCAGAAGUCAUUGAACUCACGUGCGAGGUGUUUGACACGGAUCAAUGCAUCAAUCCCAGUGCCCCUACUAGUGCGCCAUCCAUGUUCCCAUCAAUGUCUCCUGAGCCAUCGUCGGCACCCACCGAUUCGUCUUCUAUGCCGUCUCUGGCUCCCACUGCAAUAACCACCACCAUUCAAUCCCAAAGCGGUCCUGACAGGCUCCCAGCAGAGAACAACGGCGAGGCCAGGCCGCAAUCAACCUCAUCUGCUACAGGAGAUAGUACCACCUCAAUGGCAGCUUCGAACGUCGUUGCUUCAUAUUCACUUCAUUUUGCAGCUAUCCUUUCCUUGUACAUCCUGAUUGCUUAAUGAUGCAAUCUAUCAAUAAAACAUCCUCACUACAUGUAGAUUCAAAAUAGCAAGAAAUUGUUUGUUUUC